GACCUCCACAGGAUACACCUAUAACUGAAUACGAGAUUACGCUUAAUGCCUGCAAGAGCAACACGUUGGCGCAAUGAGACUGCUUAUACUAUGCCUGUUGGUCGCUACAGGCACAACAUUUACGAUGUUCGGGCCGCACAUUCGCAUUGUGCCCGGUCAAAAGGCAAAUGAAAUAAUAUUGCAUUUCCGCAAUCCUUGCAACAAUAAAACCAGCACUACGACUCUCAGACCGCCAUCAACACCGUGCAAGUACCAUCCAACUACACCAAAAUGUAACCAUAGCCUUCCACAGACCUCUAAAGCAACUACCCUAAAACCGACCUAUAAAACGACCCUCGGCACAACAUUAAAAACGACUCAAACUAAGCCGGUGCCCACAACAGCCAAACCAACCACUCAAAAACCAACAACUUUGAAACCAACUGUGCCGAGCACAACCGGCAAGCUUACUACUCCAAAACCGACAACACUAUCACCCAGUGUGCCGAGCGCAACUGGCAAACCAACCACCCAAAAACCUACAACUUUGAAACCAAGUGAGCCGAGCACAAGUGGAAAACCAACUACUCCAACACCGACAACUCUGAAGCCCACUGUGCCAAGCAAAACUGCCAAACAAACUACUGCAAAAACGACAACACUGAAAACCACUGUGUCAACCGGAACUGGCAAGCCAACUACCCAAAACCAGACAACUUUGAAACCAACUGAGCCGAGUACAACAACAGACAAGCCAACUACCCAAAACCCUACAACUUUGAAAUCAACUGAACCCACCACAACAACAGACAAGCCUACCACCCAAAACCCUACAACUUUGAAACCAACUGAACCCACUACAACAACUGCUAAGCCGCCUCCCCAAAACCCUACAACUUUGAAGCCAACUGAACCCACUACAACAACAAACAAGCAGACCACCCAAAACCCUACAACUUUGAAACCCACUGAACCCACUACAACAACUUCCAAGCCAACCACCAAAAACCCGACAACUUUGAAACCCACUGAGCCCACUACAACAACGGACAAGCCAACCACCCAAAACCCCACAACUUUGAAACCAACUGAACCCACGUCAACAACUGACAAGCAAACCACCCAAAACCCUACAACUUUGAAACCCACUACAACAACAGAAAAGCCGACAACCCAAAACCCGACAACUUUGAAACCCACUGAACCCACCACAACAACAGACAAGCCAACCAUCCAAAACCCUACAACUUUGAAACCCACUGAACCCACUACAACAACAGACAAGCCAACCACCCAAAACCCUACAACUUUGAAACCAACUGAACCGACGACAACAACUGCCAAGCCGACUACCCAAAACCCUACAACUUUGAAGCCCACUGAACCCACUACAACAACAGACAAGCAGACCACCCAAAACCCUACAACUUUGAAACCCACUGAACCCACUACAACAACUUCCAAGCCAACCACCCAAAACCCGACAACUUUGAAACCCACUGAACCCACUACAACAACGGACAAGCCAACCACCCAAAACCCCACAACUUUGAAACCAACUGAACCCACUACAACAACAGACAAGCCAACCACCCAAAACCCGACAACUUUGAAACCCACUGAACCCACUACAACAACAGAAAAGCCAACCACACAAAACCCUACAACUUUGAAACCAACUGAACCCACUACAACAACAGACAAGCCAACCACCCAAAACCCUACAACUUUGAAACCAAGUGAACCCACCACAACAACAGACAAGCCAACCACCCAAACUUUGAAACCAACUGAAUCCACUACAACAACAGACAAGCCAACCACCCAAAACCCUACAACUUUGAAACCAACUGAACCCACCACAACAACAGACAAGCCAACCACCCAAAACCCCAUAGCAUUGAAACCAACUACGCCGAGUAAAACAACUGCCGGGCCAACCACCCAGAAGCCCACAUCUUUGAAACCAACUCAGCCGACUACAACAACUGCCAAGCCGACUACCCAAAACCCUACAACUUUGAAACCUACUGAACCCACUACAACAACUUCCAAGCCAACUACCCAAAACCCGACAACUUUGAAACCCACUGAACCCACUACAACAACAGACAAGCCAACCACCCAAAACCCGACAACUUUGAAACCCACUGAACCCACUACAACAACAGAAAAGCCAACCACACAAAACCCUACAACUUUGAAACCAACUGAACCCACCACAACAACAGACAAGCCAACCACCCAAAACCCCAUAGCAUUGAAACCAACUACGCCGAGUAAAACAACUGCCGGGCCAACCACCCAGAAGCCCACAACUUUGAAACCGACUGAGCCGAGUACAACAACUGCUAAGCCAACCACCCAGAAGCCCACAACUUUGAAACCCACUGAACCCACUACAACAACAGACAAGCCAACCACCCAAAACCCUACAACUUUGAAACCCACUGAACCCACUACAACAACAGAAAAGCCAACCACACAAAACCCUACAACUUUGAAACCAACUGAACCCACUACAACAACAGAAAAGCCAACCACACAAAACCCUACAACUUUGAAACCAACUGAACCCACUACAACAACAGACAAGCCAACCACCCAAAACCCUACAACUUUGAAACCAAGUGAACCCACCACAACAACAGACAAGCCAACCACCCAAAACCCUACAACUUUGGAACCAACUGAAUCCACUACAACAACAGACAAGCCAACCACCCAAAACCCUACAACUUUGAAUCCAACUAAACCCACCACAACAACAGACAAGCCAACCACCCAAAACCCUACAACUUUGGAACCGACUGAGCCGAGUACAACAACUGCUAAGCCAACCACCCAGAAGCCCACAACUUUGAAACCCACUGAACCCACUACAACAACAGACAAGCCAACCACCCAAAACCCUACAACUUUGAAACCCACUGAACCCACUACAACAACAGACAAGCCAACCACCCAAAACCCGACAACUUUGAAACCCACUGAACCCACUACAACAACAGAAAAGCCAACCACACAAAACCCUACAACUUUGAAACCAACUGAACCCACUACAACAACAGACAAGCCAACCACCCAAAACCCUACAACUUUGAAACCAAGUGAACCCACCACAACAACAGACAAGCCAACCACCCAAAACCCUACAACUUUGGAACCAACUGAAUCCACUACAACAACAGACAAGCCAACCACCCAAAACCCUACAACUUUGAAUCCAACUAAACCCACCACAACAACAGACAAGCCAACCACCCAGAAGCCCACAACUUUGAAACCAACUCAGCCGACUACAACAACUGCCAAGCCGACUACCCAAAACCCUACAACUUUGAAACCCACUGAACCCACUACAACAACAGACAAGCCAACCACCCAAAACCCUACAACUUUGAAACCCACUGAACCCACUACAACAACAGAAAAGCCAACCACCCAAGACCCUACAACUUUGAAACCAACUGAACCCACCACAACAACAGACAAGCCGACCACCAAAAACCCCACAGCAUUGAAACCAACUGCGCCGAGUAAAACAACUGCCGGGCCAACCACCCAGAAGCCCACAACUUUGAAACCGACUGAGCCGAGUACAACAACUGCUAAGCCAACCACCCAGAAGCCCACAACUUUGAAACCAACUGAACCUACUAUAACAACAGACAAGCCUACCACCCAAAUUCCUACAACUUUGAAACCAACUGAACCCACUACAACAACAGACAAGCCUACCACCCAAAACCCUACAACUUUGAAAUCCACUGAACCCACUACAACAACAGAAAAGCCAACCACCCAAGACCCUACAACUUUGAAACCAACUGAACCCACUACAACAACAGACAAGCCUACCACCCAAAACCCUACAACUUUGGAACCAACUGAACCCACUACAACAACAGACAAGCCCACCACCCAAAACCCUACAACUUUGAAACCCACUGAACCCACUACAACAACAGAAAAGCCAACCACCCAAGACCCUACAACUUUGAAACCAACUGAACCCACUACAACAACAGACAAGCCUACCACCCAAAACCCUACAACUUUGGAACCGACUGAGCCGAGUACAACAACAGACAAGCCAACCACCCAAAACCCUACAACUUUGGAACCAACUGAGCCGAGUACAACAACUGCUAAGCCAACCACUCAAAUUCCUACAACUUUGAAACCAACUGAACCCACUACAACAACAGACAAGCCUACCACCCAAAACCCUACAACUUUGGAACCAACUGAACCCACUACAACAACAGACAAGCCUACCACCCAAAACCCUACAACUUUGAAACCCACUGAACCCACUACAACAACAGAAAAGCCAACCACCCAAGACCCUACAACUUUGAAACCAACUGAACCCACUACAACAACAGACAAGCCCACCACCCAAAACCCUACAACUUUGAAACCCACUGAACCCACUACAACAACAGAAAAGCCAACCACCCAAGACCCUACAACUUUGAAACCAACUGAACCCACUACAACAACAGACAAGCCUACCACCCAAAACCCUACAACUUUGGAACCGACUGAGCCGAGUACAACAACAGAAAAGCCAACCACCCAAGACCCUACAACUUUGAAACCAACUGAACCCACUACAACAACAGACAAGCCUACCACCCAAAACCCUACAACUUUGGAACCGACUGAGCCGAGUACAACAACUGCUAAGCCAACCACCCAGAAGCCCACAACUUUGAAACCAACUGAACCUACUACAACAACAGACAAGCCAACCACCCAAGACCCUACAACUUUGAAACCAACUGAACCCACUACAACAACAGACAAGCCUACCACCCAAAACCCUACAACUUUGAAACCCACUGAACCCACUACAACAACAGAAAAGCCAACCACCCAAGACCCUACAACUUUGAAACUAACUGAACACACUACAACAACAGACAAGCCUACCACCCAAAACCCUACAACUUUGGAACCGACUGAGCCGAGUACAACAACUGCUAAGCCAACCACCCAGAAGCCCACAACUUUGAAACCAACUGAAUCCACUACAACAACAGACAAGCCAACCACCCCAAUUCCUACAACUUUGCAACCAACUGAACCCACUACAACAACUGCUAAGCCGCCUACCCAAAACCCUACAACUUUGAAACCAACUGAACCCACUACAACAACAGACAAGCCAACCACCCAAAACCCUACAACUUUGGAACCGACUGAGCCGAGUACAACAACUGCUAAGCCAAUUACCCAGAAGCCCACAACUUUGAAACCAACUGAACCCACUACAACAACUGCUAAGCCGCCUACCCAAAACCCUACAACUUUGAAACCAACUGAACCCACUACAACAACAGACAAGCCGACUACCCAAAACCCUACAACUUUGAAACCCACUGAACCCACUACAACAACAGACAAGCCAACCACCCAAAUGCCCACAACUUUAAAACCAACUGAGCCGACUACAACAACUGCCAAGCCGACUACCCAAAACCCUACAACUUUGAAACCAACUGAGCCGAGUACAACAACUGCCAAGGCGACUACCCAAAACCCUACAACUUUGAAACCAACUGAACCCACUACAACAACUGCCAAGCCGACUACCCAAAACCCUACAACUUUGAAACCAACUGAGCCGAGUACAACAACUGCCAAGGCGACUACCCAAAACCCUACAACUUUGACACGCACUGAACCCACUACAACAACAGACAAGCCAACCACCCAAAACCCUACAACUUUGAAACCCACUGAACCCACUACAACAACUGCCAAGCCGACUACCCAAAACCCUACAACUUUGAAACCAACUGAACCCACUACAACAACAGACAAGCCGACUACCCAAAACCCUACAACUUUGAAACCCACUGAACCCACUACAACAACAGACAAGCCAACCACCCAAAACCCUACAACUUUGAAACCAACUGAACCCACUACAACAACUGCCAAGACGACUACCCAAAACCCUACAACUUUGAAACCAACUGAACCCACCACAACAACAGGCAAGCCAACCACCCAAAACCCUACAGCUUUGAAACCAACUGAGUCGACUACAACAACUGCCAAGCUGACUACCCAAAAACCUACAACUUUGAAACCCACUGAACCCACUACAACAACAGAAAAGCCAACCACCCAAAACCCUACAACUUUGAAACCCACUGUAGCCACUACAACAACAGACAAGCCAACCACCCAAAACCUUACAACUUUGAAACCCACUGAGCCGAGUACAACAACUGUCAAGCCAACCACCCAGAAGCCCACAACUUUGAAAUCAACUGAGCCGACUACAACAACUGCCAAGCCAACCACCCAGAAGCCCACAACUUUGAAACCAACUGAGCUGACUACAACAACGGCCAAGCCGACUACAACAACAUCCAAGCCAACCACCCAAAACCCUACAACUUUGAAACCAACUGCGCCGAGUAAAACAACAUCUAAACCAACCACCCAAAAACCUAAAACUUUGAAGCCAACUGAGCCAAGUACAACAACAGCCAAACCAACAACCCAAAAGCCGACAACUUUGAAACCCACUGCGCCGAGUACAACAACAUCUAAACCAACCACCCAAAAACCUUCAACAUUAAAACCAACUGAGCCCAGUACAACAACAUCCAAGCCAACCACCCAAAAACCUACAACUUUGAAACCAACUAAGCCGAGUAUAACAACGGUCAAACCAACUACUUUAAGACCGACAACUUUAACGAGUACAACAACAGUAAAGCCAAGUACGCGUAAGCCCACAACUUUGAAACCCACUAAGCCGAUCACCGAAAAGUCGAGUACCUUAAAUCCUAGCAAACAUAUAACAGAGACUUCAGAAGGUUCCACCGAGUCUCUGCCACCUUUCAAUAUAUUCUAAUUCUCUAUAAUUUAGCAUAUUGAGUUCUGAUUUCAGUUGACUUAAUAAAAAAGUAAAAAAUAAACAAUUAUAUAAAUAAAUUGCGCUUAAUUGCAGUUCCACUUAAUAAUGAAAACAC